GAAUUUAUGCCUGUGCAGUUUUCCAUCGAUUUUCGUCUUGCGCCACAACGGACUGGGGAUGAAACACCAAACACAUAAAACGGAUUUGAUAUUAAAAAAAUAUGCAGAAACAAGAAAAAAGGCGCGAGUUGCGCCUGAAGCGAUUCUGGCGCUCCCCCAAGACCACGUCCUCGGAGGACUCCAAUGGCUAUGAGAGUCCCACGAGGACGAAGGCGUCCAGUGCCGGCGGCAGCAGCGAUGCCCAGAGAUUCAACCACCUGCACUACACCAGCCUGUCGCAGGGAUCGGGCACCUCAUCCUCGGCGGGCGGAGCCACUGCAUCCGGAGCGGGGCCGACGACACUGGGGCAGUCCGGCAACAGCAAGCCCUCCUGCUCGCUGCCACUUUUGCAGGUGUGGCCCAGCCAGCCGCUCCUGCGCCAGGAGGGCUUCGUUCAGUUGCGUCGAAACAGCGGCCCCGAGGGUCAGCGGGAUUCGCCGCGCGGCGAGGCGGAUGGCCAGUCCUUCGUGUUCCCGGCCAUCGUGGAGACGAGUGUCAGCAGUCCGACAGCCGUGGCCAGCGGGAGUGGCAGUAUCGGGAGCACCAACCUGAGUCUGAACGCCAGGAGGAGCAGCAACCACCUCAGCUUGUCCACGGACCGGCGGAGUUCUCUGUACUGUGAUACCCUGCACGCCGGCGACUCCGGCAUCGAUUCGGUGCAGGCCUCGCCCUCGCCGAACGCCUUCAUAGCUCCGCCGGGCGUUCACAACCUGCCGCUGGGCCAGACUGGCGGAGGAUCCUGCCAUGUGUCGCCCACCAGCACGCCCACCCAGGGAUCACCGAAUUUGUCGCUGGGCCGCAGGAGCAUGCGAAACAGCAUUUGCGUGGUGCCCAGUGGCAACGGGCGGAGGAAGUCGAGCGCCCUGCUGCAUCCGGAUCACGCCCGGCUGUUCGCCCUGCGAAUGAAACAUGCGGCGGCGCUGGAGCGGGCACAAACCUCUCCGGAUCAGACCUCCAUCGAGGACGCCAACGAGUUCCACGACAAUGGACUGGCCACCAACCUGCGGCUGUGCUCGGCCUCCUCGUCGACGACGUCGUCGCUGACAUCCGUGGCCGCGGUCAGCCUGGGCGGUGCCGGUGGUGCGGGUGGUGCGAACACUACCUCCUCCGGCUCCGCCUACGCUGUGGGCGCGGCGGGCGUCCAGCAGCGCGUCUCCGAUCCCUGGCUGCAGCCGCAAUCCGAUCGGGAACGGGACUCCCGGCACGACGGCAGGCGCAGGUCCUCCACGAUGACCGCUCGCUACUCCCUGUUCGAUGCCCUGGACCUGGAGUACGUGCUCUUGAGGGCCGCUGCCCGCGGUUCCGUGGGUCCCUACAGCCUCAGUGAGUCCAUACACAAGCUCACCUUCACGCAGUCUUUGGCGUUUCCGGCCCUGGCUCGUGGCCUGGCCACCAAAAGGCGGAGGUCGGCCACGCACACCAGCUCCCGGCCCCUGAAUCCCCAUGAGUCCGGUCUGAAUACCUGCGCCAAGGUGGUCACCGCUGUCGUCCUGGUGGCCCUGUCCUUCAUGGUGUUCCUCAUCGUCUACAAGUUCGUGCGGACGUGAGGUUUGCUCCUGGCCCCGUCGCCAGAGCUCCCAGUCACAUAUCAGGCCAACUACGGAGCGGAGGAGGGGUCCACAUCGUCCUCCAUCAUCUCGUCGGCGGGCCGCAGUCUGGGCAAGCACAUGUCGGGGUUCAGGAGCAAAUUGGGUCUGCGUCAGGCCGACUUCGAGUGAUCCUUGCGAAGAUCGUUUGAACAGACAUUAAAGCACUGGUCGCCAAUAUUUUUGCUAUUCGAAAGGGAUUGAAUCAGAUUUCAUCAAUUGGAAAAAUAUUUUUUAUUGUAUGAAACUCUGAGGAUUACAUAUUUUCCUCGAAAAGUACCUAUGUUUCGUGUUGGUAAAAAAUGGCUGACCAGUGAAAUUUUUGUGAUAAACUAUCAAUGAAAGCAAACUUUCCACAAAAGAAACCCCAACAGUGGAGCAUAUGUAAGUUAAUAAAAUAACAAAUUAAAGGCUUAAACAUUUAGUAAAAACAGCUUCAAGAGGCUUGCCAGAGUUUCAUCAAAUUUAUAAUAUACUUAUGAAUAAUAUUUUUUUAUAAAUAUAAAAAUCGCAGCUCGCAUUUCCUAGGCUCCUAUUUAGCGAAGAUUUUUGAAUGGAAUUCCAAAUCCAGUUUCAUUGUUUGCAGUUGAAGUGCCUAACUAAUUUUAAACGAACUACAAAUUACAUUAAUACUCGCUUAAUUUUGUUCUCUUCUUAAAAAUCGAAUUUAGAAAUUGGCAGCUGCUUGGAAAAUGAAACUGCUUAUGCGCUGCAGUAGUCCAAAUAAUUUUUCCAGUAGAUAAACUUUUUUGAAGGGAAAUUAGAAGUGGUGGAGGGAAUUGAGAGGACAUAUGAUUUAAUACUGAUUUCGAAGCAUUAUUUUAUGUUACAGCAGAAAUGAAAGUUAAUAUUUAAAAUUACUGUAUCUUUUUUUUAGAAGAUUAAUAUCAAACAAAUUAUUAAUUUCCUGUUAACCCAUAAUUUAUCUUUAUUUUUUAAUAUUAUUCGCUGGUAUAUGGGAGCUCCUAAGUCAAUUAAGAUCCAUAGCAAAUGGUUUUUAUUUUAUCCUUAACUCAUUCGUUAUCCUCACAAGCUCCAAAACACCAUGUUAGAGUUAUAUAAUUGGCUUUAGUCUUAUAGAUCAGGAAAAUUGGCAGGCGAAUAGAAACUACAAACGAGAUACAUUUGUACUGAGUUGUUGAACGGCUAAAUGAUAUAUGAUAUGAUAUAUAUAGAUGGAAAUCCAGGCAUAUUUAAUUAACAUAUUUAUGGUAGCUAUAUAUAGUUAUACAAGCAAAUAUAUAUGUAUAUGUAUACAUGCAUUAUAUAUCUGUAUAUGGGUGUUUAUAAAUGUAUAUCUAAGCGGCUUAAAUGUGACAAAGCACUUGCUGAAAUACCAAAACAAACUCUCUACUCUUAACUUGCUGCCUUACUUUCCUCUAGUGAAAAUAGUUGAAAAUAACAAAAAGAUAUUAACAAACAAGCCCCGACUAACAAAUUCUUCAUAAAUUGCUGCCUUACUUUCCUAUACGAAAAAAAAAUAAAAAAAAUGAAAAUCGAACUAAACCUUUUGAAGAAACCUUAUUAACUCUCAGAGCUUCUUUUUCCUAUUUCCUCUACGAGCUUGGCCUAUCAAAGAACCUAAAAUGUGCAAAACAGAAGCAGACACGUUUUAUAUAGAGUAAAGAAUUAUAUACUAAAUGUAAAGUUAAAUAUACGAUAUUAAUAUUAAAGCUGGCUAAAGGAUACACGUUUUGUUGCAUAAGUAUAAGUUAUUCCUUCCCUAUUCUUGCAUAAAUUAUUUCUAUAUUUGUCGAUGGCAUUCAUCAAUAUAUUUAUGCAUAGUUUUACGACCUCUCCUUUUUCAUUACGAUUGGUGUGCAACCAACUAUGGUUAAAUAAAAAAUGCAUAUUAAAUGUCACAAAACCAGAAUGGAAAGAUGAAAUGAAAAACCAACUGUAACCGUAACUGAAGUAAGUUGAAACGUGCAACAAUAAAACGAAGAAAUUUUCAAAUAAACCA